AUGUCGUUGAAUGCGCCACUAUCAGCUUCGCGCAGGGGCCCCCAAUGGACUCGUUUGCGCCAUGCGAGCAGGUCCAGCCAGGAGCGCUCAUCCAGCGAUCCCCCUGGAUCUCCCCGAAGUACCUCGACUCAUUCUACAAUCAAGGAGUCUGGACUGCGCCAAAGUCGUGAGAGAUACUGUACCGUCAGCACCUAUGAAGGCUUCUCGAGAGAGGAGGUCUUCCUCAACUUCGACCGUCUGGGAGGGGAUGUCAAAGCUGGUGCAUUAAUGGCUAUAACAGCCAUCAAGGGUGAUAGCAUCAAAUCUUCUCAGACAUAUGGCAGUCUGGGUAGACACUCCUGGGAUUCGGGGCCCAGAGAUAGCCCCAGGGAUCCCACAUUCUCCUUACUAGAUCAGGAUUACAUUAGUAGUCGAUACGUCUUCCUCGCCAAGGAUAUGCCUAAGGAGAUGAAGUCCAAAUAUCCGGAUGUCGAUGUUACGGUGGCGAAGCAUAUUGCGGAUGCAUUUGGGAUCAAGAGAGGCUCCCGGGUUCUUUUGGCUCCGAUUAAUCAAGAUAACCCAGCAAUUCAAGCUACGCAUGUCGAAUUGUUCUUUAAAGACCAGUACCUAUCGAGAGCUGACCAAUGGAGGCUUACGGUUGGUGAGCUGAACCAGCGUACCGUCUACAAAGGACAAUCUAUCCUGUUCUUGGGCACAAUCAAAGCCCAGGUUACGGCCGUAUUUGUCAAUGGCCGCCGUGUGCACUCUGGAUACUUCACGCGGGAUACACGACCUAUUUUCCGCAGUGAAUCUGCUCGAUUUGUUCUCUUCAUCCAAAUGUCCCAAGAAAUGUGGGACUUUGACUCCAGAGAUACUGGUGAGAUCAUGUUCAACAAGGUUGUCAAUGGAUUCUUACCAGCUCUAUUCAAAAGAUGGGCAACUCUGAGAGUGAAACAUCUGGUUAGCAUCGUAUUAUUUGCCCGAGUUGAAUAUGACACUGGACUCGCAACCGAUCUAGCCUACAACGCGUUGAAUAGUGACUACUAUACCGGCGCACAAAACUCUGGAAGCAAACGGCCUUACAAGGAUUUCUACCGCGUUGUUGUGAGUGAGAUGUCAAGUGGAGAGUGGACCUCGAUUCUUCACCAAUUGAAAAAGGAGUCCAAUUACUUCAGGCGGGAUAUCAGCCUUCACCACCAUCAAGCCCAGUCCCAAUUCAAGGAGCACAUGGAAGAGGAGGAUUCAAAAAACAUACCGGUCAAUACCGUCAAAGCCGAAUCAUCGCCUGCAAUGUAUGGAAAUCUUCUCGAGGCUAUCAACCUCGCGUCUUCUCAGUUUGCAAAUGACUACGUAGAUCGCGAUUUGACCCGCACGGGAAUUUCCAUCAUGAUCCUCACUCCUGGCUCGGGCGUGUUUGAAGUUGACUAUGAGACGUUGAGAAGGACAACCGAAUCCCUUGUCAACAACGGCAUUGGAAUAGAUCUCAUCUGUCUGCCUCAAAUGCCUUUGCAUUCCGUUCCUUUGUUCAAAUUUCGCAAUCCUCAAUAUUCAGAGGACAAGUUCCGCGGCCAACAUCAUUCGGGAAUGUCCAAGUCAUUCCAUAGUCGUGACAGUACGCCACUCCACCAAACCCCCGUCGUUGGUAGCUAUCAAUCCAUCCCAGGAUCGCUCUCUCCGUCCAAAGCAUCUAGCUUAAGACAAAGCGAGGUUGUCCAAUCGUUGAAAACGCAAGAUGCUUGGUGCUAUGCACUGCCGCAGUGGCUACAUGUGUCCUACUGGACCGGGACUUCGGAUGAGGCAUUGUCAUACGAAGGCAUUGCUGUAACAGUCUCAAAUGAGGUCGAGAAAGAUGGAGAUGAUGAGUUUGUCAUGCGAUGUCGUAUGUACGAUCUACAGAUGAGGAGCGUUCUCGAGACUAACGAGAUCGAGACAAAGCCUCUGCAUGCCGAUCCCUUAUUUCCCCAGAAGCUCACCUUACCUCCCUCCUCUCCUAAGGCGCGUCGGGGAAUGGGUACCACUGACGUUGUAUACCUCCCUAAUCGGAGAUCUCCAGAAACUCUCUAUGAGUACGUUUAUGGCUUUCUCAAGUUUAGUCCGGACAGGCUUGUCAAGCCUGGAGAAAAGUCACUGUGGAAGCAGUUGAAAGAGUAUGACGAGACGAGAGCAAAACUGCCUCGACACAAACGUCCGCAUCACUCAUCUAGACAUGUGGAUCUGGAUGAGGACACCAGGAGGCAGCUCACCGAAGACUCCAGGUUGUUUGGAACAUCGGUUCCUGAGCAGAAGCCCACAAUUUCAGUCAAGUCCUCUAGGAAAGCGUCAAUGAACAUUCUAGACGCAGACAAGCCAGGCUUGGCUGCUGUAGCACAGAUGAAGAGCCAAGCCAAGGCCAACGCUGCACCAAAAGCCAUCUCAUCAAUUAAGGCGCCCAAGUUUCUCAGGCAGAUUAGCCUCGGACAAAGGGGCUUUGGUGUCGCUGCGCCAAAAGCUACCAUUGCUGAGGUAAAGGCGGAAACGGUAAACGCCUCUGACAGAUCUGCAGUGGAAAAGAUGGCUCCGUCAAUGCCAUUGCUCAGCACCUCGUUACGACCUUCGUCGCCACAGACCAUUGCGAGUCGAGAAUCUUCCAUAUCUGCCCGUCCACGGAAGUUAGAUACUCAGGUACCACCAACAAUUGAAAAACUGCCCCAAACACCAAGCAUUCCAAUAUCAAGAGCAACAAGCUCAAUCAACUCCAAGGACCCUCCACCCCCUCCAUCAGCUGUGCCCGGAUCGUUCAGUUCUCGAAUUGAAGGCAGUGUGGAUGAUAGAGACGUCAGGCACUCGAACGCAUUACGUGCAGAAGAUGCUCAAAAGGUUUAUACCAACAAAUUACGGGCAGGCGUGGGCCCAGAACUUCCGUCCACUCUAUCCCCUACAACAGCAAUCACACCUUGGCUUACGUUGCUCAACCCAUCAAAACCGGAGAGACAUCGAAUCGAUGACACGAUCCUCUACAGCAGAUGGCAGCAUAUCUUCCCUCAAACAUCCGAGAUGAAGGUGCAAAAAUGGAAGGCCCUGUGCUGUCCAGCCGCCGUACCACUGACCACCGAGUAUUUUCCCACGAAGACCCAGUUUGACGUGGAAUAUCAAAGGCAUCCGUACAAUGUUGACCAAAACCUUGAUGACGAUAUGGAGGAGCCCAAGUCACGCCAAGAGUUCAUGAAGGAGCUGAUCAGCCUGCGCCUCUCGCAGGGUUUCCAAGUGGUCGUUGGGCCAGCGGUCGCAAAAGCAUUCGGGCAGAAGCUUAUCAAGAUCGCCGACAUUUUCUCUCGUGAUCAAGCUCUCGAGGAUGGUACAAGUGUAUUCAUGUCUGUCGGAAACACGAUCCAUGAGCUAGCCUGUGUUAACGGCACAGAGGUUGAAGUCAACAUUUACAUCCGAAAGCCGCCAAAGUCCUCAUCUACGUCUGAUGGAUUCUCUCUCACCUACAAGCCUGCCAUUCGGACUCUGCUGGACGAAGGCUAUCAGACCCGCCACAUCGAAAUCCUUCGACCGAACCCGGAUCGCAACUGGAACACCAUCGAUUCAUUCCUGGCAGGCCACCACGAUGAAAUGAUGGAAAGCCUUCGAUUCUGGAGAGCCAGAUUUGUGUUGAUCCCGCAGACAUCCCGCCAGUCUUCAAACCCAAAGCUGCAUGUCGGAGACAGUCCCGAGGAAAUACGUAUCGAAGGUAUCAAGCGCCUAGCCUGCCUCUGGCAGAAGAAUCGCUAUAUUCCACCGGCUGACCGACCUUAUCAACGCCCGGGUUUCGAGCAAAGCCCGCUCAACAUCAUCUACAAAACAGAAGAUCCAUCUGUUGUCAUUGCGGCCGAGCUUGAAACCCUUCCCAUAGUGGAAGGCGCUGAGGGCAUUCCGCGAAAAUGGCAGUUAGUGUCAAGCAAGGAUCGCUUUCAAAAGUCGAAUCUCAACCUCUCUGCCCUGGCGGAGGCGAUGCAGCAGCCGCCCGAAAACGGUGGGGUGCCUCUGCGCAACCGCAGGUGGCACAUCCGGUCGUAUUCUCACUCUUUCAUUGGGUCCGAAAUGGUCACCUGGCUGUUGGACAAUUUUGAGGAUCUGGAGAGUCGAGAGGAAGCCGAAGCUCUUGGAAAUGCACUCAUGGUCCGCGAGGAGCCGAAGAACAAGGAGAAGGAGGCCAACGAAAAAAGUAGUGAGAAGAGCAAGGGCCUUUUCGUCCAUGUUGAGAAAAGGCAUCAGUUUCGAGACGGAAACUACUUCUACCAGCUUUCAAGUGAAUACUCAAAGGGACAGUCCGGGUGGUUUAACAAACGAAAGGAUCCGCAUCUCUCAAGCCAACUAUCCGAUGUAUCAUCCCCCAGAACCGCGACAUGGCCGCCCGAAGACAGGUCUCCUGUGACUUCGUCCCCCGUGCCUGCAGUAUCAACGGCCCAAAGUCGCACAAAGAGGCCACCCCGUGUCGAACUCAGCAAAGUUAUGAAAUAUGAUCUUGAUAGUAGAAAGCGGUCAUACCACCCUGAGCGCGUCGACCUGCAUUACGAUCGUCUCCACAACCCAGACAAUUGUUUCCACAUCCGUAUUGACUGGAUGAAUGUCACGGCCAAACUGGUCCAAGAUGCCGUUGAGGGCUGGGCUAGGGAAGCCAGCCAGUACGGGCUUCGUCUUGUCGAGGUCCCCAUUAAGGAAGCGGCUUCCAUCGCCGAGACGAACCCAUUCAGACGUCCAUACCAGAUCAAGCUCGCCCUCCCGCCCCCAGAGCAGAAACCUGAGACGUAUCUUGACGGAAGCUCAAACAAGCACUUUUACCAGAUCGCCAUCCUCAAGAAGCUCGACUUCGUGCUCGAUAUGGAGGCCGCCUCGUGCUUCCCAAGCAACGUUGAGGUCAGAUACUCGUGGGGCGUCCCCGACUACAAAUACAGCCAGUACAUCCACCGCACCGGCGCCCUGCUGGUGCAAAUACUCGACUCGGGCGACUUCAUCGUCCUGGCGAACCGGCUGUACAGCGCCCGCGUCUUCAACUACCGCGAGCACGUCCGCGCCCCGACGAGCGCGACCGGCGAGCCCACCUUCUUCGGCGGCCGCAUCAUCAGCUCCUCCAGCGCCAUCAACCUCUCCGAGAUGACGGCGGGCACCUCAUCGCCCCUGGUGAGGCCGGCCUUCUAUCAGCAGUCCCCCGCCCUCAAGCCGGUCCACCCCUGGACUAGCAGCAGCAGCAACUUCCAACCGCCUCUGAUCACGGAACCGGAGCUCAUCAAGGAUGAGCUGGAGAGAUUCUGCCAGGACGCAGCCACCCUGGAGGAGUUCUACAGAGACACCUUCGAGAAGGGCCAGGCUGUGCCCAGCACGCCGUCGACCUUGGGCCCCGCGUCCAUCUUGGAGGUCGUGCCCGAGUCGAGCAUCCCCUCUCUGGGGCUUCCUCCCGGUGUCUUGGGCGAAGGCAGCUUGGGGGCCGCAAGUCUCGCCGGAGGAAGUGUUCGCCUCCCAGGCGCACUUCCAUUCUUGCGGCGAGGCAGUGUGCAGAUUGACAGUCUGGGGCUGGGGUCAAAAGGGAAGGGGAACUAA